GCGCUACAUCGCCGGCAGUUACUCUGCCUGUGGCCCAAAGGCUGCUGGGAAGUUUCCUGCGAGGGAGCAUCACGAGCGGACGAACGCGCGGACCGACCGACACCACGGAGGCGACUGUCCCGUCCCCGUUCCCGCCUUCCUCCUCCUCCUCCUCCUCGCUAAUACACUUGCUGCCUCACGCGUACCGGCUUGUGCGUCCAGCUCGUGCGGUGCUGUUCGUUCCGCCGCUCGGUGGAAAGAGCGCGACAUCCGUUUUCGUUUUUCGGGACGUCGGCGUGUGUCCUCCGUGUGCGUAACUCGCCGACGGACGCGUCCGAGUUCGCGCGUGCGGACGGGCGCUUGCGACCCCCUGAAUCGAUUCGCGCGGUAAAAGUCCGUAGAACACGCCGGCCUACCCGGCGCCCCCCUUGAAUACGGUCCGUGGCGGCUUAACGCUAGCAGAGCCGGCGGGGGGAGCCACAGCGGCGCAGGGACCUCCAGACAUGGAGGACAUAAGCGCUGUGAUGUCCUGGUUUUCCAGCCCCGUGUACAGCCGCUACUGGCAGCACUACCGGCAGGCCAUGGCCUGGCACCGGAGGCACAGGCGCGCCUACCAAAAGGCCCUGGAGGCCGCCUGCGGCCCCGGCUACCGCCAGGAGCGCUACGCGGACUGGCGGGAGGCCGGAGAGAGCGACGGCGGGGACGAGGGGAGCAGCUCGGGCGGCGAGAUCGAGUGCGACGUCAGCAACAUGGAGAUCAGCGAGGAGCUGCGGCAGUACUUCGCCCAGACAGAGAGACACAGAGAAGAGCUAAAGAAGCAGCAGCAGAUGGAGGCCGAGCGGCAGGACAGCUACGUGCCGGCUGACCGGGACCUGCGCGGCGUCUCCUGGCGAAGCACCGCGGCUCCUCCCUCCGAGCGGCCCGGGGAGAGACGCGGGGCUGAGAUGAAGAAGCUGUACGGCGAGGACGCGCCCAAGGUCCUGGCGAUGGAGGCGGCAAUGCAGCUCACGUUCGACAGAAACUGCGACCGCAAGCAGCCCAAGUACUGGCCCGUUAUCCCCCUGAAACUGUAACAGCUUUUGAGCAGAGUGGCGAACCGACUUGGAGGAGAUCCCUGCCCCGACGUCCCGGUGAGACGCCGGCGUCGUCAUGUAAUGGAAUCGUGGCCGACGAAGCUGCUGUUGUAGCACUAAUGGUUCGGGUUAGCUGAGGGUCAGAAGUCAUUUUAAGGACUAAAAAGUUGCUUGAGUUAGCCAGAGGUGGGUGUAGCUCACCUGUCAGCUGCUGUACCAAACGAAAAUUUACAUAUAAUGCUGGAUCUUACGUGGUUUUUAAUUUAUCGCAUUAAAAAAACGCUCGCACCUGGUAUUUCCCCAACUUUCUAGAAGUUCCAUUAUUUUUGUCA